GCACAGUUGUCUUUGGACAAACUUUGGUACUGCUCGAGCGAUGUGGAUGUUUGAACUUGACUGGAAAUGAGACCGUGCUAGUGAUGUGCACGGCCCGGCUUCAGGCCGUGGGCCGGCCCAAGCCGAGCCUGAUUAGGCCGAGCCGAGCCGGGCCCAAGUCAGGGCCUGACCACAGCCCAGGGCCCGGCUUUAUGUCCCUGCUCAUCCAUCAUCGAUAUCAAUGCAUCCUUACUUUAGGGAGUCGAAUCGUCUGUUACAGACUUCCGUGGACAUCCGGACAUCAGUCUCUUCCGCAAAUCCAACAUGCACAGGUCCGAUUUAUCCACGCACGCCGCAGUAUGUAUGAUCGUGCGCACCUUGCAUCGAAGCCACUGCAAAUUUCUACGGGACUGCGAUAUCGAUUUGAAACUUUGAUAGGCGUCACUGGGUACAAGAUGGCAAAAUACAGACCACGAUGGUUGGAAGUUCUAAUGAUGGCCGGAAGUUCUAAUGGCAUCUUUGGAUGUCGCUUGGCGUCCUCAGUUUUUCUUCGUAGUUCUCUUUGAGGUGAGAUGAAUUGCGUUGCUGACUAGUACAUUUGCUGACCUUUUCGAGCCGGGCCCGCACAUCACUAAAACUUAUCGACUUUUGUAGACAACAAA